AUGGAAAGAACGGUGCCUAUUAAAGCUCGCGUCAAUUUUCUUAAUCUUAAGUUACAGAUGGGGGAAGUCGCAUCGGCCACCGCAAUUGUCGAGGACCCGUAAGUGUUCAUCAGAUUGCGAAGCCCUACACUUCGGUUAAGACGAAUGAGACGAUGAUUCACCAGCAAGAGUGCUCUGAUGCCACCUUUCUUCUCCUCUAGAAUCUGCUAAAACAAGGCUAAAUAUGAGCACAAUGAAGGCUCGUCUACUCUUUGACUUGUUAGUGUUCCAUUGUUGAGUUGACUAUGAAUUUCUGCGGCCCUGCUUUGCGUGCAUUGAAGAAGUAGUUGAUCCAGGGAAACCUGUAGUCUGACUGAUGCGGGUUGUCUGCCUCAUCAGCUACAGGAAAAAGGCCUAAUCCCUGGACCCAGCCACAACCUUGGUAUCGCGUCGAAGUCCAUCUUAUUGGGGACAUUGCCAGAUUAUUUCUUUCAAGCAGGAACUAAGUCAAAACCUACCUGGAUAUACAUAAGCACAUAUCAGAGCUGAAUCUCAAUGUUUCUUGCCCAAUUCACCAGGUCAUGAGGCUGAGAAAAUCGCUUCCAGAGUCAGGCAUACUUCCAUCGCCAUUUUAUAUACUCGCUUCAAUGAUCAACUGGUAACAAUUGACAGUCUUCCAACAUCAUGGGAAGACUUGCUAAAUGCUAUCCAUCAUCUUGGCCAUGCUAUUAAUUUCACCGUCUUUUGGAAUGACCACCCUAUCACAAACAAACGAGAAUUAGCUCUAGCUUAUCUAAAUAACAAAGGUGACGAAAUCAUAUUUGAAGCCAAACAAAAUCCAAACCCUAUGACAAGUAUGGAUGAGUCGGUAAAAGCAGACUACGAUAAUAUGAUUUCUCAAUUCACCCGAUUCUCCACAAGUGAUGAGGCCCCUUCUGAGCCAUUGACUCUUCAAAACGGAAUUCUAUCCAAAGAAAAUUUGCUGAUGGUUGUUAGAAGUCUCACCUUAAAAGCCAAAGACAAGCUAUUUGAAAGUGGCAGAAAAUUCAUUGAAAAAAGGCAAGAAUUCUAUGGAACUGAUGAAGAAAAAUAUAGAUCUGUCGUAAUGGAGCAGCUUCAAUUCCAAGAACUUUUAAUAUUGACUUGUUCAGCUGAAACCUUCAAAAAGCAUGGAAUUCCUUCAGAAGCUUUUGAUAACUCAGUAAGAACUUAUCAAAAUGACGCUGAUGUAAAAGAAGCUAUUGAAAAUAUGUCAAUUGAAGCUAUUCAAGGAUCUGGAGACGUUCCUGAAGGCUUAACUGAAGAGAAAUUGAAAGAAAUGCUCUUUUACUCAUGCGAUUUUAUCAAUCAGUAUUUGGCUGCACAUCCUUUGACGAAUCCAAUGGAAGUUAUGGUUCUCAAAUCAAGGGAGUCUGAUGAGGUUCUUAACUCCCCCCCCCCCCCUCCGUGAGCGAACAAAAAAAUUUUGUUCGCUCACGGAGGGGGGUUAAUUUUUUUUUUUAAAAAAAAAAUUUAUAUAUAAAUUUUAUAAAAAAUAUUUUUUUCGAAAUUUAAAAAAAUCCUAAUUUGCAAAAAUUGGGAAGCAAAUAUUAAUUAAUUUGCAAAAUUUAUGUUUUAAAAACGCAAUUUGUUUAAAAUUAAACAGAAUUAGCUCUAGAUUUCAUUAUACUAAUUAUCACUUAUAUAUCAAAAUUUUUUUCCAUUAAAAUUUUUUCUAUUAAAAAAAUUUUUGUUCACUCACGGAGGGUGGGUUUUUGGUCAAAAAAUGGCGAUUUUUCUAAUGGUUUUGUUCGCUCACGGAGGGGGGGGGAGUAAGAGGUUUGGCUUUGAUGAGUUACAAAUUUCUGCAGCAAUGACUAAAUAUGAUAUAGAAAAAAACCCAAAUUUUGAAGAUAUAAGAAAAAAGCUUAAUGAAGUCACAACUAAAAUUUUUGGUUUUAACCCAAGUGAAAUGCCUAGAUAA